ACAAAGCGGCCGGACGCGCGGCGGCGGGUGGCAGGAGCGCGGGGCAGCGAGAGGCCCGUUAGCCUUCUUCACGACCGCGCCACAGGAGCUCAGGCAACUCGGACGCGGGGACCUGGUCCGGCCCCCAAGAUGCCGCCGAUCGCGGUGCUGGCGGCGGCCGCCGCGGCGUGGUGCGUCCUCCAGGUCGAGAGCCGGCACCUGGAAGCGCUCGCGGGAGGCGCGGGGCCCAACGGCAAUUUCCUGGACAACGACCAGUGGCUGAGCACCGUCUCCCAGUACGACCGCGACAAGUACUGGAACCGCUUUCGAGACGACGAUUAUUUCAGAAACUGGAAUCCCAACAAGCCCUUUGACCAAGCCCUGGACCCAUCCAAAGACCCCUGCCUGAAGGUGAAGUGCAGCCCUCACAAGGUGUGUGUGACGCAGGACUACCAGACCGCCCUGUGCGUCAGCCGCAAGCACCUGCUCCCCAGGCAAAAGAAGGAGAACGUGGCGCACAAACACUGGGUUGGACCUUCGAAUCUGGUCAAGUGCAAGCCCUGCCCCGUGGCACAGUCGGCCAUGGUCUGCGGCUCCGAUGGCCACACCUAUACGUCCAAGUGCAAGAUGGAGUUCCACGCCUGUUCUACUGGCAAGAGCCUCACCACCCUCUGCGACGGGCCCUGCCCGUGCCUCCCGGAGCCCGAGCCACCGAAACACAAGGGCGAGAAGAACGCCUGCACGGACAAGGAGCUGAGGAACCUGGCUUCUCGGCUGAAAGACUGGUUCGGAGCCCUCCAUGAGGAUGCCAACAGGGUCAUCAAGCCCACCAGCCCCGACACAGCCCAAGGCAGGUUUGACACCAGCAUCCUGCCCAUCUGCAAGGACUCCCUGGGCUGGAUGUUCAACAAGCUGGACAUGAACUAUGACCUCCUGCUGGACCACUCAGAGAUCAAUGCCAUCUACCUGGAUAAGUAUGAGCCCUGCAUCAAGCCUCUCUUCAACUCUUGUGACUCCUUCAAGGACGGCAAGCUCUCCAACAACGAGUGGUGCUACUGCUUCCAGAAGCCUGGAGGUCUCCCAUGCCAGAAUGAGAUGAACAGGAUUCAGAAGCUGAGCAAGGGAAAGAGCCUAUUGGGAGCGUUCGUGCCUCGGUGCAACGAGGAGGGCUACUACAAAGCCACGCAGUGCCACGGCGGCACGGGCCAGUGCUGGUGCGUGGAUAAGUACGGGAACGAGCUGGCGGGCUCCAGGAAGCAGGGCGCCGUGAGCUGCGAAGAGGAGCAGGAAACCUCGGGAGACUUCGGCAGCGGCGGCUCCGUGGUCCUGCUGGACGACCUGGAGGACGAGCGGGAGCUGGGGCCCGGGGACAGGCUGGGGAAGCUGCGGGUGCGUGCCCGGGCCCUGACGGAGGACGACGAGGACGAGGACGACGACAAGGAGGACGAGGUCGGCUACAUAUGGUAGUCCCCGCGGGAGGAGGACACAAGGUUGGUACAAAAUUGCAAGUCACUUCCUGUCCCUGCAUUUGUAUCCAAGACUCCACGGCGCCACUGUUGCUCUCCCACCCGACAGAGGCCUGGAGGGCGACUCCUCGCUCCCAGAGACUCCUGGUUUUGCACACGGUCUGUGGGAAGAGGGGCUGUGCUUUGUCUUUAGACCGGGGAAUGGCUGGCUGAGUCAGAGCCCCCUUCCUGCCCCUGAGACUUUUGCAAGGAGCAUGUGACUUGUGUGGGAUUCUGGCAGUGCAGGGAGCCCCGCCCUCUAACGUCAAAGCCCCCCUCCGAGCCCCCGCACCGGUGGUUACUGCAGCAUGGUUCCCGGCCUGACGGUGUCUAAGUGCUUUUCUUGUGUCUCGUAGAUGUCGUGGAAAACACACCACACUGUACUUUAUUCCCCCUGCUCCCUGCCACCCCUGGUGUUUAUUAUGAAAAUUAGUUAUUCACAUCCCCAUAUCUGGCUUCCUACAAACAGCAGCCUUAAUUCAGUCAAGAGUCCUUUGGGGAACUGAUUCUCUUUAUUUAAAAAAUGGUGUCGGGAUGCUUCUCUCCGUACCUGCAUGAUAGGUAGGUACGUACAGAAGAGACUGUGUGGGGAUGUGAGGUGCACCCUCUGCUCAGAAAAACUGUUUGGCUACCUAUUAAAAACUCAUAUGGAAAACAAUUAUAAACAUGUGAGCUUGUCCAGACCUGGAUCACAAUUUCUGGAAUAAAAGUGUGUGUUAAAGUCCUUUCUUGCACUAACAGUUGGCACUUACAGGCUGCAGGCGGGGAGGUUCCUUCUCACUGGGACCCCUCUGACCGGAGGAGCCUCUGCCUGCCCGCGACGCUCCCCCUGCACCAGCCGUGCGAAGCCCGGUUGGCGGGGGGCGGUGGGGGGAGCUUCACAAGCCGCCCCUUUCAUUGCAGUGCAAAGCCCCCCGCCGGCUGCAGGGCCUGUCCACCUCGGGCUCCUCCCUCCCCACCUACUCAAGGGCUUUUCCUAAGGUACGCACACCCGCUGGCUGAGGAGACAGCACCACCCAUUCCCCAGGAGGAGGUUCAGGUUUCCUCCAGCAGGGUGUUGCUUGGGCCCCUUUCCACCACCGGGGGCGUGAGGGAGCAGGGCAGGACGGACCGGCGGAGGCCCGGGAAGGGCUUCACAGGGAAGACGCCAGGCUGGCUGUUAGAGCUAGUCCCGUCCCGUGCCGGCUGCACGCGCGUCACCGCACCAACGAAGGCGGCCCCUCCGCGCUUGCCUUUCGGUCCCCUCAGUGAAAUCGCUGUUAGAGGCCAUCUCCAAAUUGGUAGGGCCCUCAUCUCCGUCAUAGUCGUCAGGAUUUCUGUCCCUAUUGGGCUGGCCCAGAUUCGAGGACAAGUACCAAAGAGCAGCUUUCCGAGCGGCCCUGUUUAGCCCAGUGCCGGCCCCGCAGCUCCUGCCCUCCUGGCUUCCCCCGGCCCGAUGCCCGCCCAGCCGCCCAGCCGGGUGCGCCCUUGGGCCACGUUUGUUCCCCUGCCCUUCCCCAAGGGCUCCAGCCAGGCCACGGACCACGGCAGCUCAGGCAGAAAGUGCCCUCAGCCGGCCUGUGAUCGCAGUGGCAGCUAAGCAACCCACCACCCCAAAACGGCCAUUUCCUUGUACUUUUCCCACCCACCACAAACUACCGUUCCCAACCCUUGCUCUGGCGGACAGAGUGGCAUUAUUCCUGAGGUCAGUCUCAGACGGACACGGACAUGCUGAAGGCGCGAACUCCUCGGGCUCCGCGAGGCACCAGCACCCCUGGGGCCUCGACGCAGGGAGGCCGAGGCGGCUCUGCUGCAUCGCAACUCUGUCACCUCUGUUGUAAUUUUUUUUCCUAACUUGCACAAAACUUUGAGAUCAUAAUUUAGAAAACAGGUGCUUAAUUACAGCUAAAUUACAAUAGAGUAUAUAACAAGAAUCAAGACAUUAAAAAAAAUCUCAGUUUAGAUCCUCAAAGAAAGCCAUUGUUACUGUCUCCUCCGAGCCUGGAAAAAUGCAAAGGAGAACAAAUUAAAAUCGACAAAUUGAUUUCACUUAGAGAAACUAAUUAUCUUAUGACAAGUGUCAAAUUAAGAUGACACUUAAAGAUCCUUAGCAUUAACUUAAUGAUGGAGAAGAGUGCUCAGUAGUCAAUUCUCAGGAAGGUAAUGAGAUGUUCAUUUUCAGAGAUAUUCCAAGAAGAUAUUUUGAUUCAUUAAACUAUUAAAUAAAAAGCCCUCCUCCCCGCAGAACCCCACACCAGCGGAGCCACGUUAACGCCACUUCUCACGCCUCACUUGGGCACAACAGCAUUAGAUUUUUUUUUUAAAGGUCUUUAAUGCUUUUCAUAAGUGAAAAGUACUAAAGAUCAGAUUUUUUUUCUUUUUUUUUUAGUUACACUACGCUUAGAAGUAGAAUUUUUUUUUUCUUUCUUUUGGCAGAAAUCUUUUAGCUAGUGACACGGUAUACAUAAAAAUCGUUAUUAACCAAUACUCCUGUGACAAUCUAAUCCCUUGUUUGAGACAGGUGUUGAGUCCUUACUAAUAAACUCAUUUUUGGAGACUACUUAGUGAGUAGUUUCAUUCUUAUUCCAUAAAUGCUUCUCUUAAUACCAUUUCAUUAACUUCCAACUUAAACUCCAGAAUUCCCCCCACACCGUGGUUAGCUGUCCGCCAUAUUGAUGUCUUUGGUUUCCAUAAAUAUCCUAGGCAUGCAAAUACCUUACUACGAAAUUUGAGGUUUUGUGUCAGUUUCCCCAGGCCCAGCAAUGAAUGACGGCAUGUCUGUCCAGGUCUGCCCCUCUGCUUUUCCCAGGAUGCCAUUCAUUUUGUUUUUCACCUUGACAACACAGAGCAGUAACAUCCAAGAGCCCUUUCUACAGUGGGUGGUUUUGGUCUUUUUCUACCUUUUUCUCAAAGUCACUGAUGUUUGUCCCUGUUCAAUGUGUAGCAUUGUAACAAGAGCCACCAAACCCUGAUUGUCAGUUUGUUGUCCCUAUUGUAGAUGAAAUAGUGAUGUAGAAAAACUUAGUAAAUUCUGAAUGCUUUUCCACAUAGACUUACCUGGAAUGUGAACACGACUCUUUGGUUAAUAGUAACUGCGUAACUGUAGUCCUGAGUAGGUGCAUCUCUGUCUGUCUCAAUAAAUUUUAA